AUGACGUCAGUCUACAUCAUCACGCUCUCAUCAGGCGCUGAGCAAAGCUCACUGACACCAGAAGUCUCCUCCUAUAGCUGUCAGCCUCGUGUGGACGAUGCUUCUAUUGAUGCCGGUUCCCAUCUUGACAAAGAUGUCCAAAAUGACAGUAAGGUCCAGAUCGACAUAUCUGGGGCACAUCUGAGCAACUCACACUCUCACGGUCAUGACAAAACCUGUAGUGAUAGACUCGAGGAUACUAAUGUAUCCUUCACUCAUGUUGGCGAUGUUGAGGAGGCAAUCGACAGCAUGUCCCCCAAGGACCACCCAACUUCUCGAUCCCCUUCCCUAACAAUACGGGAUGUGGGGCUGGUAUUUGCUGGCUUUGUCCUCCACCUUUUCACCCAGGGGCUUGGAAACAGCUACGGCGUGGUGUACACCCACCUGAAGGAAAUGGAAGGAUUCUCUGACUAUCAAUUGUCCUGGAUUGGCUCUCUAAUGGCAGGGAUGCUGGGUGUUGGAGCUAUUCUAGGUUCAUACCUCAUAGAGGGCGUGGGGUGGCGCCUGACCAGCAUCGUUGGAGGCCUUCUUUUAACGCUAGGAAUGGUCCUGAGUGCAAUGGUUACGAACCUGUAUCUUCUUUACCUGUGUCUCGGAGUUAUGCCAGGUAUUGGUGCAGCUCUGUGUCAGCUAGCAGCUAUUGUCUGCAUCAGUCACCAGUUUGGUAAAGGACUGCCACUUGCGUUGUGUUUAAUGGCGACUGGUGGUGCCAUUGGAAUGCUUGCUUUUCCACUUGUUUGGAGUCUCGUCCUGGACAACUUUGGGUGGCGUGGCGCGCUGCUGAGGAUAGGCGCCAUCUCUCUCAAC